AUGACACCCGCGCUCGCAUUACCAAGCCUUCGAGUACACGCAAAGCAAGCGAACCUAGAACUCACAACAACGCCAUCGCUUUGUGUCGACUUGCCCGACGAUUUGCCCCCCGUUACGACCAUCGAUGAGCUUGCAGCGGUGGUGAAGAGUGCCCAUAUCUGGAUUGCUCGAACGGGUACCUGCUGCAUCGAGAUAUCUAUUGCCGUCAAUGGCCGCCCGAUACUUGAGAACGAACGCCUUCAGAAGAUGAUUGAUCUAAUCCAGCAUUGCUCAGUUUGGAAUCGUCUGGGACUCCAUCUUGAACACAACAAGGACUCGGUAGUCACACUCCCAGGCCUCUUGUCCUUCUCAGUCCAGCAUCCGGACCUUACGUCAGCCCUGGUAGCCCCUCGGACGGCACGAACAUCGCCCUUUCGGACAUUGAUACUUCCAAUCAGCAUCUCGACGCCUACAGAUAGCCACGACCUGGACAAGAAGCCGAGAAAGAGGCGGAGGAACACCGGCAAACUAAAAGGGAGAGACUGUCAAGAAACUACCGAGAAUGAUCUGCUGGCUACACUCGAGGUAGACGACCAACGAGCCAUCGAGAACUUUAUGUCCAGCCUCAACUUUCCACCCAAUAAGAACAAGAGGAAGAAGCAUACAACGUGCAGAGACAGAGAUGAUGAACUUGCUUGCUUGAAAGUGCUGGAGACCCUGCGGUCCUUAUCCUUGGUGGAGAUUCUGCUAGAGCAACUGAUGUUAGCCCCGGAGAAGAAGUAUAGGGGCUACCAGGUCUGGGGCGGUUCUUCAACACACUGCCUCACAAACUUGGCACCAGGUGUCUUUCAUAUACCCUAUCUCAGCAAGAUAUCGGAUCGUGCUCAGCUACUACCGGUUAUUGCUACAUGCUUAGCACGGAUGAAGAAUGCCGAGUCACCAGCACUGAGACAGAAGGUGGUAGAUAUGAAACGUGAUGACACCGAUUCCAGAAACCCAUACAAUGAGUGGGAAGACACUGUACAAGUGAUCGAAAAGCGAGCAUAG